AUAUAACUCGUCAAAAUAUCAGUGGCUAAAUCUUUUUCUUACCAAGUUGGUGACUUGAACAAAAAGAUAAAAUGGCAGCUGAAGAGAUAUACUCGGAAGAGGAUCUCUCUUGUCCAGUGUGUUAUGACAUCUUCAGUGAUCCUGUUGUCUUGUCAUGUGCCCACAGCAUCUGUAAAGAGUGUCUGGAAUUAUUCUGGAGAAGAAAUGAAUGUCAUGUGUGUCCAGUGUGCAAACAGCCGAAUCUACACGAUCCUGUUUGUAACUUCGCAUUGAAGAGUCUGUGUGAGGCUCACUUGGAGGAAUACAGUCAGAGAUAUUCAGCACUCUCUGAACAGCACUGCAGCAUACAUGGUGAGCAACUUUACCUCUUCUGUCUGGAAGACAAACAGCCUGUAUGUCUGACUUGCCAAACGUCUCAACAACACAAAGACCACGAAUUCUAUCCCAUGGGUGAAGCUGCAGAUCACUUUAGGAAGGUGCUCAAAACUGCACUGAAGCCAUUACAAGAAAAGCUGGACCGCUUCAGUCAAGUGAAACAGUCUUACCACAAAACCACAACACACAUUAAGAGGCAGGCCCAGAAAACAGAGCAGCAGAUAAGGAACGAGUUUAAGAAGCUGUACCAGUUUCUACGAGUUGAAGAGAUGGACAGAUUACUUGCACUGCGACAAGAAGAGGAGCAGAAGAUUCAGAUGAUAGAGGAGAAAAUUGAAGAGAUAAACAAUGAGAUAUCAUCUCUUUCGAAAAUGAUCAGAGCCAUAGAAGAGGAUAUAUGGACUGAAGAUCUCUUAUUCGUACAGAACUUUGAGUCCUCAAUGACAAGAGCUCAGUGCUCCUUGCAGGAUCCACAGAUGGUUUCAGGAGCACUGAUUGAUGAAGCGAAGUACUUGGGCAACCUGGCAUUCAGAAUGUGGGCGAAAAUGAAGGACAUUGUGCAGUACAGUCCUAUCAUUCUGGAUCCCAACACCGCACACACAUCCCUUACACUGUCUGAUGACCUGACCAGCGUGACAUUUGAUGAAACCCAAGACAUGACGCACCUUCCUGAUAAUCCAGAAAGGUUCGAAACAAGCGUGUGUGUCCUCGGUUCUGAGGGAUUUGACUCAGGGAGCCACUGCUGGGACGUUGAGGUUGGGGAUAGGAGUUUGUGGGAGGUGGGAAUAACCCCAGAGUCUAAUCUGAAAAAUGGAGGGGUGUUUUAUAGUGGUGUGUGGAGUGUGGAGAAUAAUUGCGGGUUUUACACUCGCUCUCCUGCUCGGCCAAAGUCUCCCUUCUCUGCUGAGGGAGGACUCCAGAGAAUCAGAAUACAGCUGGACUGGGACAAAGGCCAAGUCUCCUUCUCUGACCCUGUCAAUGACACUGAUAUCAAAAUAUUCAAUCACACAUUUACUGAGAAAGUCUAUCCAUUUUUCUGGAGUCACAGGAAGAGUUCUCCUGUUAAGAUUUUACCCAUGACCAUUUUACCCAUGACCAUUCUUGAAAAUGAAUGAGUAAUGUAGGGUCUGACUGAAGGCCCUUAAUCAUCUGUUUAGCUAAUGAAGAAAGACAGAUUUGUAGAGAAACAUGUCUGCAUACACUGAUAAACAUGAGAACACAAGAGCGACUGCUAAUGAUUUUUGGUGCUUUAGUAUUUUAUACAGGAGAAUUAAACCACAGAAUUUUGAUUACAUUAAAAGCAGCACAUGUGCAUAUGUCUUAUCUUCUCUCUCCUUUUUCUUCUUUUUGUAAUAAAAGAUUUCUCAUGCUUUUUUUUUCUCAUGCCUUUUUUCUCUCCCUGUUUUAGGAAUGGCUUUAAUGGUUCAAAAACAGUAACUUUAUAUAUUUCUAACAAGGUCCUUAUUGUCUUUCAAAGACAAUUUUUCAAUAAUUCAAUACAGCUUCAAAAUUAUGAUUGUACAAUAAAAAAUGUGAUGAGGAUGAAAUUGUGUAAACAAUAAAUUGAAUUUUCAU